CAAAGUAAAUAUAUUUGAAUAACACUUUCCUGUUCCAAUUAUCAAAGUGAAUAGUCGCUUUUAUUUCAUAAUCUGGAGACAAAGACAACUACAGCCAUAUGCCAGCGUGUGUAUUGUUGAUAUUCUCCACCGCGCGAUGUAAAAAAGGAAUGUAUAUCAAAUUUGCCAUACGCAUUUCUACAUCUUUGACCAUGACCGUCACUGUAUGAUGGCGUCUUUCUAUAGUAUUCAAAUACAGUGUUGUGCCCAAAUCGUGUUUGUUGACCUGCAAUCACAACCAAUAGACCUCCCCUGGUUUGGUACACGUACUAGACAAGCCGACAUCUUCCGAUGACUUCCGGCAGCUAAAAACGUAGUAGAGAUCGGUUCAAAUUCAAGCCGUGACUACGAGAUUCAGUUUUAACAAGGAGGUUUCAACGUUCUUGGUUUUAGGGAACAAAUUCAUACAAAGCGUUUUACAUUACGUGCGCCUAACAUGAUACAUGUGUAUUUCGUCCAGCUGAAAUUCAUCCAGCAAUGUGUAUUCUUGUAUAAACUCUUUGAUGUGUAGAAAACAUACCAAAUUUGUACACAGAAUUCCACAAAAAAACUAUCGGAUACAAUGAAGCAUAGUAAAAAAAACUAGAUGUUGGGCAUUUUGACGUUUUGGAAAUACGUUCUUACUUGUGACAAGCUAAUUAGAAAAAGGUGUUAAUAUGACACCUACCCAUAAUCACUCGGGGCAGAUUGGCAGGUCUUACUGAAAAGCAAUUGACAUAAUCAACAUCUCCGAUUGGGCGAAUCUCAGGUUUACAAUGUCAAUAUGCCAAUCAUGGCUCAAAGGCUCUUUAUGCAGGCGAGAAAUCCCCAUUGAAAUUAGUGACGAUUUGUCAAGGUGACCGGAGGGAAGGCGGGGUCUGUGCCAGGGUACCUCACACGCAGUCGGGGACACGCGCCCAGCAACACGCCGCGGACAACGCUCGGAACUUCUACCAAUACAACUCCGCGACUGAAGGUUUUUUUCUCUCAGACCAUCACGAUGUGGAGAUUUGGACUGCUUGUGGCCUGUGCAUUCUUUUUGGACCAGUCUGCGUCCAGACCGACGAGCGGCGGUGAUCAGGACGAGCCCGUCACGGAGUACGAGGCGAUCGAGAGACUGAAGAAAGUUUUCGGACUACCUGAGAGACCUCCGGCUCCCAAGCGACACUUCAGGCCGCCACAGUACAUGCUGGAUCUGUACAACACCAUUUCCGCCCCGGACGGCAUCGUGCGCUUUCCCAACCCGCUCUCCGCAAACGUCGUCAGAAGUUUUCCCGACAAAGAUGUACUACACAGAAGUUUCUUCUUCUUCAAUGUUUCUUCUGUGUCGGUCACGGAAAACGUCCUGGAUGCCGAACUGCACCUUUUCAAGGUCAGACCAAGAUACACGUCCAAGUUCAUGAUGAGGAGGCAACAUUUCUACGAGGUGCGUGUGUACCAGAUCAUGGCACCGAAGCUCGCCUGGCAGGUGGACGGAAAUCGCCUGGUGUCGUCCCGGCUGAUCGGACUGCACGGCUCCGGCUGGGAAGUCUUCAACAUCAAGCCGGCUGUACAGGACUGGGUCGCCGACAAAAACGCCAACUUUGGCCUCCUGGUCACGAUAGCAUCAUUGACUGGCAGCAGCCUCGACCAGGGUCUCAUCAGAUUCGCCAAAAGGAAGGAGCACCACAGAAGUAAGGAGCCGAUCCUCGUUCUCUUUAGUGACGACGGCAGACCGAGAUCAGCAUCUGCAGCUACCUAUGAAAGUAUGGAAACAUCUAACAUCAGAUAUUGUAACGGUGAAGACUACGAUUACUAUGACAGCACGUCAACAAACCAAGAAAUCUUGAACAACUACUACGACCCAAGCCCCGACACACAACAGCAGUGGCGGAACGAAAGGACAAAUACGGUGGAGAAAACAGUGAUCAGGAAAAACAACAGAACGCGCGUGGAGAGGGCGGCACAGCGAUAUAAAACUAACAGACAAUUUGAGCCGUGCACUAGACGAAACUUGUACGUGGACUUUGACGCCAUCGGCUGGUCGGGAUGGAUCAUCUCUCCUAAGGGCUACAACGCUUACCACUGCAAGGGCAAGUGUCCAUUCCCCUUGGGACAGUCACAGAAACCCACCAACCACGCCACGGUUCAAUCCAUCAUGAACGCGCUAAGGUUACAAGAAGACGUUGGCCAGCCAUGCUGCGUACCAAACAAACUCUACUCCAUCAACCUUCUCUACUUCGACGACGAAGAAAAUGUUAUAUUGAAACAGUACGAUGACAUGGUAGCAGCAAACUGCGGCUGUCACUAGUACAGAAUCCUCUCUAGAUACAUACUUUGUAAAAACAGACAUUCGUCCAUUAUUUAUACAGAACUAAAGCCGAACCAUGUGAGCUGACACCAUGUUGCUUUCAGGUCCACACUUUCUCGGUGCUUCAGGCAAAGGACAUUGCUUGAAAUUUCUUUAAGGUGAUAAAAGUUAUCUAUACCUUACAAUCAGAACAAAGCCUUUCCACAAGAAAUCGAAACAAGACACAAAGGAAACGCUACUAGACUAGUAGACUCGGAUUGAUACUUUGAAAGUGACACUUCGGUCUUGUUGUUCUGGUGGUACAGACAGUACAAGAGAAAACGGGUAGCGAGACAGACAUGGUCAGAAUACACACAGUAGUAACCUUCUUAUUGAUGGCCGUUUUAUGCAAAACAAGUCAGUAUUUUGGGUACCUUGGUUUUGGAUAUUUAAAGAGGUACCCGCGGUGUUUGAAUUGUGGGGAGCAUUCAUUCGGGCGCACGGGAAAGGUAAAUAAUCCCGAUUCUGCCCUCAGCUUUUUCUGUAAAUCGGCGCCUUGACUACAAAAGCAGUAUUGUUACUGUAUAUAAUGAAAUAUAUCGCGUCAGAUAUCUUGCCAGUCGGAGGGACGAGGGGCAGAUUCAAACGUAACAGUCAGCCCGAGCUCAAACUGCCAUUUGUGAAAAUUGUGUAAAAUAUCAUGGGUACUAAUAGUUUAUUUAAAAAAAUGUGAAUAUACAGAUAUUCCUUUCUGAUGGCUGAUGGCAUUUUAAGCGUAGUUAAGACAAAACUGACACCAAAUUGAACACACGCCAGCACAAAAUGAACGCUGAUACAGGUCUACGACAGCUGUGUGUAUCUAAUUGAUGUAAAAACGAUGUUUCCGUAGCUUUAGUUUUUUUAUACUCCAUACUUUGUACUAACGUGUAACGCAUAAGGUAAAGAGGAUCUUGAAAACGUACACUUUAUGUUUGAGAUGUAAAUAUGGUAUUUGGAAAAGUAUACAUUGUCUCGUCAAUAAAAAGUAAACAAUCGUGCA